UUUUAGUGUUCUUAAAUAUAUCACUUGCUCGACUUAUUUUCAACUUUUUUUCUAGUCGUCACAUUGUACAAUACGUUUGAAUUUCUCGACUGUGCAUAGCAAAAGUGUCCUCGUUUCGAUAUGAAACUUUCCGUCGUGAUUUAUUGACAAAAUCGUGCUCUUAUCAAAAGCUAUAGUCGAACGUCUUUCGGAACGCUUUACUCAGUUAUACCAAGAUCUCACAUUUUCCACGGGUUUUAGUAUUGAUCUCUGAUAACCUUCGAGGUGACACGACGACGAUCUAUGAUAUUACUUGAGAAAGUUAAGUGGAUUUAUCCUCGGUAAAAAAAAGUUUGAUAGGAAUGUUGUAGAACUUUUCGAAGAAGAUAAAGUAACUAAGAAGUAAGGACCAAAACUCUGGUAAAGGAACAAGAAUGUCGGGCGGUAUUUUAUCAAGCUUGUCACACAGUCUAAACAUGUCCGAAGCUGCGAUUCGGCUAACUUUCUCCAUUCUGCUCGGAGUACCUAUCGCUCUUCUGCAUAGACUCACGUUAUAUGGAAAAUGCCCAAAAUGUCAACAUAUCUUUUUCAUGACCUGUGGCUUUCUGAUUUGUACAUGGAAUUACGGAUUUCAAACAAUCCAUUCAGUAACAACGAUAUACGUCACGUAUCUCAUCUUGAAACGUUUUGGUGGUACAAAAUUAUCCGUUUUUUUAACUUUUGUCUUCACCAUGGGUUAUCUUCUAUAUGGAUAUUACGAAACAAGUACCCAAAGUUAUGAUAUAAAGUGGACUAUGCCACAAUGCGUGUUGACAUUAAGAUUAAUAGGACUCGCGUAUAGUUUGAUGGAUGGACAGACGCCCGGGGAAAAAUUGUCUGUGCCGCAGAAAAAAGUGGCGUUGAAGGAGAAACCGACUUUUUACGAGAUCGCGGCAUAUACUUAUUUUCCAGGGGCGUUUCUCGUUGGGCCUCAGUUCAGCAUGAAAAGGUACUUGGAUUAUGUGCACGGGCGAGAUAUAACGCACGUCAGGGAUUCCAGCUCUGAUGGGAAAUACUUAAUCAAAUUUCGCGAUUGCUUCCUAUACGGGAUUUUCCGUAUUUUUAUAGGAUUCGUAUACAUAGUACUCUAUAUCAUAGGUACUAAUUACGUUCCACACGACUGCUUAUUAAGCGAUGAUUAUCGACAAUACAACUUUUUCAUACGUCUCUUUUUAAUCGGCGUUUGGGGACAUUUUCAUCUUUACAAAUACGUUUGUAUCUGGUUGCUCGCUGAAGGGGUUUGCACUAUGUUCGGUUUAACUUUCAAUGGAGAGGAGAAAAGUGGUAAACCGACUUGGAACGGCUGCGAAAAUGUUAGACUGCUACAGUUUGAAACCGGGAUCACGUUCAACGAUUACGUUAUGUCAUUCAAUAUUAACACUAAUACCUGGUGCGCGGAAUAUAUUUACAAAAGAUUGAAAUUUAUGGGAUCGAAGGUGUACAGUCAAUUUUUUACGCUGUUAUUCCUGUCAAUCUGGCACGGAUUUCAUUCGGGAUAUUACAUGUGCUUCUUCUUGGAAUUUAUUAUCAUAUACGCUGAGAAAGAUUUGACUGAAAUAUUGGAGAAGCAAGAGAAGAUAAAAAGAUUGAUCGAAAGGCGACUCGAACUUCGAAUUCUAACUUGGAUUUUCAUGAAGGUGUUCUCGCUUAUCUUUAUGGGUUACGCGCUUGUCGGUUUUAUGUUCCUAUCGUAUUCUCGUUAUCAUAAGGUCUAUUCUGCCGUUUACUAUUGCGGCCAUAUUAUUUUCAUGUCUUACCCGAUCGUAGCUAUACUAUUGAAGAAAUUUUUUUUUUUAAAUAGUCAAGCAAAAAUUGACUAGGGGCCGAACUAAAUUUUUGGAGGACAAAUCAUUGUUAUUUUUCUAUUGCAUGAUUUUUGGGGGAAUUACAUAAGAGAAGUCGAUUUGUCUUCGAUUAUUAUCAUAAUUACUUAACUAAAGUACGCAUAUUACUAAAGUACAAUAAUAAAAGUCUUUAGUUAUUAUUUUUGGGAGACGGCAAACACAGAAGCAUAAUAUAUAUUAUUUAAUUAGGGAUACUUUUGUAUAAACAGGAGAGAAAAGAUUUUAAGAUCGAUUAUUUUACA